CAUUUUUGAAUAUACAUGUAUGUACAAUGUAUGUUUGCUGGUUCACUGAGACUGUAAUCAAUUUUUUACUCUCUGUUUACAGGAGAGCCUACUUGAUAGGCAGGACUUCCUUCAAUGGUUGUUAGAUUUGUUGGAUAAAAGCAAGAAUGCUGAUGACUUGCUGCUAAAAUUCCUAAUUCCUCUUCUGCUAAGGUAUGUAGACCAAAUAGUUAUGUCUCAAACUCUUGCCAGAAGCCUGGCCCAAGUGUGUUCCAAGAAGUUGACAACACUAUACUCUGCAGCUGAACAGAUGCAGUCUGAACAGCAGAGUCAAGGAACAAACAGUUCUACCAGGACGAGCAGUUCAUCUAUACCAAGCCCCGUACCAGCCAUUACUUCAGAGAGCUCAUCCUUGGCUGCUAUCAGUCCUCAGUCACUUCCUGUCCUUUCGCAGUACAAGACAUGCCCUCAGCACCAUGCCCUUGUUCUAGCUCUGAGUUCAGUUCUGCAGACUAUAGCCAUCUGUUGUCCUGGUGCUCUCAUCUGGAACUCCAAUCCCUGUGGAGGUAGCUCCAGUAGCACAGCAAGCAGUGGAAAUAACUCCAGUGGGGCAAACGCUGAUGCUGGUACCAGUAAACCUGCUGUGUUGGGAUCACCAUUGGACAGGCUGCCUAUUGCACCAUCUGCAAUGCCUCUUCCAUCUCCUGGGAAUGCACAAGGAUCCUCGAAUUCCGAGCAGCUAUUAUCUGUGCUACUUGCAAGUGAGGAGGAGAUCAAGACCAGGAGCAAAGCUAUAGAGUCUCAUUGGUCCCCUGAUAAAUACCAAGACAAGUCUUCAGGUGAGACACAUUUUACUGACUGCUCCACUAAAAUAAAAAUCAGCAUGGUCAACCAAUUUGGCAUUAAAAGUUACCCUGCCAAUAUAUUUGCCAUCAAGAUAUUCUAGAUAAUUAUUGUUUUUUUAGUAUUUUGAUCCUACAUCCAUAUCAUCCAGCAUCAUUGAUUGGAAAUGCUGGUGAAAAUGUUGCUAUUAGACCAUCCUGAUGGAAUGUGUAGGAACGAUCUUGGUGCGCAUGUUUGAUGAAAGUUCAUAUAAAUUAUUAUUGUUCAGAAAAAGAAUGUCUUCAGAUACCAUGCUUACUUACUGUAUAUAAUUAUGCACUCUGACAGAGGUAAUCAUUAUGUGAGGCUUGACUCUGUGCUGUGCCAGUAAGCUAGACAUGUACAUGUAAAUGACACACACUAGAAAGACCACUCCAGACCUUCUGCCUCUGUAGCUGCUGCUGUUCUUGCUAUCUUGAAGUACACUGUACAGUCAUGCAUGCCUUAAGCUGGCUCUCUUGUCUUCUUGAGACAUGAAAAAAUGUUCUCCUAGAAAAAGGUCUGCUCAUGGCAAGUUAGAAAGGUAGUGUUUGUAUUUGUGCCUCCCAUAAGUUUCCACUUAAAGUGUAUGGGAAGUGUCUGCCCACGAUAGGUGUCUAUUGGUUAAUUAACUUUUAAUUAGUAUUUGUAUUGUUACUGGAAAUUUUUAUUAAUUAGUUAAUGUGCAUGCAAGUAUGACAUGUACACUAUAAGUGCACAAGAGCUCUGCAUGUAGAUCAGUUACAAGUUGUUUAAUUUCCUACAUACAUACAACAUGUAGUCAUACACAGGUCCAUAUUAUAAAACUAUGUGUGAUUCUGAGCUGCAAGCUUUUAGUGACUGCAAUCACAAAUUAUUUUAAUUGAUCACCCAUGCAUGCUUCAGCAUUGCUAUUGCAUAAAUUAAUUACAACUGUAUGUAUAUUUCAUGUAUAAUUAUCUCCAUGUGUUUGUUUCAUUUACAUGUAAUUUUAAUCUCUUGAAAUAAUUAAAUGGUGUACUUUAAAGUAAACUGUUGUAAAUAAUAAUUAUCAUUUAUGAAAAUAAAUUAUAAGAAUUAUUGAGCUUAAUAAACAUAAUUCAGGUUGUAACAUUAAUUUCACAUUGUAAUCUCAGUUAGUUAAAGCAUGUAAUGUAAUUUUUAUAAUUAUGGCAAAUGAUUGUAAAUUAAAAUUGUAACUGUUACAUGUACACUUGAGCACCAUACAGCACAUCUAACUUUCUUUUUCAUUGCUUUUGUAUACA